AUGGUUCCUUGUACAAGCAGUCAUGCCAGUGAACUUACUGGAUAUAAUAAUAUUAUGACGCGACCUGAAGAAGGAGGACGUGCAGUUCUUAUUAAGGAACCAGAGAAUCUGGAAGACAAGCCUCUGGAUGUCAUACCUGCAGAAUUUGCAGUGCAAUCUUCGGUUCAUGAGUACGGAGGAGGUGGAUUUGCAGUUUUAGGAGAUACUGUUAUAUUUUCAAACGAUAGAGAUCAACGGCUAUACAAGCUCUUAAUUGGAGAUCAUUCACCAAUGCCUCUUACCCCGGAGUAUGGUGGACCUGUAGUUCGAUAUGCUGAUGGAGUAUUUGAUUCUCACUUUAAGCGUUACAUUACUGUAAUGGAAGAUCACCGCAGUAAUUUAAGCCCAACUGCAACCAUUGUGGCUAUAGAUAUUGGUAGUGGGAAUAUUCAAGAACCAAAGGAACUGGUUAGUGGCAAUGACUUUUAUGCUUUCCCCCGCGUUGACCCAAGUGAAAAGAGGAUGGCAUGGAUCGAGUGGAGCCAUCCAAAUAUUAUUUGGGAUAAGUCAGAGCUUUGGGUUGGGUAUUUCUCAGACAGUGGUGAUAUAUCUAAGCGACUCUGUAUUGCUGGUGGUGAUCAGGCACUAGUUGAGGCUCCAACUGAACCUAAAUGGUCCCCCCAAGGAGAAUUAUUUUUCAUUAGCGAUAGGAGGAAUGGGUUUUGGAAUAUUUAUAAAUGGACUGAACAUUCCAAUGAGGUGGUUACCGUUUAUUCUUUGAAUGCGGAAUUCACAAGAGCAAUGUGGAUUCUUGGCAUAAACUCCUACGAUUUUGCUGGAAAGGUUGGAGAGAAUCAUACUAUUAUAUGCAGUUACAGGAAGAAUGGGAAGUCAUAUUUGGGAAUGUUAGAUCAUGUUCGGGGUUCUUUUUUACCUCUUGAUAUUCCUUUUAGCUAUAUUACUAAUAUUACUUCUUCAUCCUCCUGCUUCUAUGUUGAAGGGGCAUCUGCAACCCAUCCACUGUCGAUUGCAAAGGUAACUUUGGAUGAAAACGUAUCAAAAGUAAAAGAAUUCUCAAUAAUUUGGUCUUCAUCUCCAGAAGUUGGAAAGUACAACUCAUACUUUAGUCUACCAGAGCUUAUCGAGUUUCCUACUGCGGUGCCUGGUCAAAAAGCUUAUGCAUAUUUCUACCCCCCAUCAAACCCUAAUUAUCAAGCUACUGCAGAUGAAAAGCCUCCUUUGUUACUUGAAAGCCAUGGAGGGCCUACCUUGGAGUCAUUGGGAGUGUUGGAUCUCAAUAUCCAGUACUGGACCAGUCGCGGAUGGGCUUAUGUUGAUGUGAAUUAUGGAGGAAGCACUGGUUAUGGGAGAGAAUAUCGAGAACGACUUCGGGGUCAAUGGGGUAUUGUUGAUGUAAAUGAUUGUUGCAGCUGUGCUGAAUUUCUGGCAGAAAGUGGAAAGGUGGACGGUCGAAGGCUCUGUAUAACUGGGAGAUCAGCUGGUGGGUACACUACAUUAGCCUGUCUUGUUUUCAGGAAUACAUUCAAGGCUGGUGCUUCCCAUUAUGGUAUAGCAGACUUGGCUUCUUUGAGGGCAGAAAUGCACAAAUUUGAGUCUCACUACAUCGAUAAUCUUGUUGGGGAUAGAAAUGCAUAUUUUGAGAGGUCGCCUAUUAACUUUGUUGAUAAGUUUGCUUGUCCAGUGAUUUUGUUCCAAGGCUUAGAUGACGAGAUUGUUCCACCGAAACAAGCAAGGAAGAUAUAUAUGGCUUUAAAGGAGAAAGGUUUGCCUGUAGCUUUGGUUGAGUUUGAAGGUGAACCUCAUGGGUUUCGCAAGGCUGAGAAUAUCAAGUUUGCAGUGGAGCAACAGAUGAUGUUCUUUGCCCGGUUGGUGGGGAAAUUCCAAGUGGCUGAUGAAAUUUCUGCAAUUAAGAUCGACAAUCUAGAUUAAGAAAAUCUCUUGAAUCCAGUUUCAUUCUGUUUGGAUGAUGUUUCAUUUAUGAACAUUUUCCCAAAUAGAUGUUGGUUACCUUUUUUUUUUUUUUUGACAGUGAUGUUGGUUACUUUUCUUUCAGCAGUGUAACAUGGAAGUUAUAAUAAGUGGAACUGGAUCUUUUGAUGAUUAUAGUAGUUGAUUUUUUUUGCAA